UGUUGUGCGCAGCUUUUUGCAAUUUUUAGGAUUUUUUGUUAUUCCAGUGGUUUCUGUAGAGAGCUACUUGCAGUGACUGACUACAGCACCGGCCUACAGUAAGGCAAUGACAACCAGAUCAGCCUACCACCGGCUGGACAAUAAUAAUACUCCCUGUCUGAUCUGCUACAGCUGCGAUAGGCUGGAGGACGCGUGGAGAGAACAUUUAGCAGCAACUAGAUUAAAAUACUUGGCGAAGGUUGAUUUAAGGAAUUUAAGCCCUGACCCUUUUUUCGUCAGGAGCGAGCGCCGUCACGUCGGAAGAGCAGCACGAGCCGGUAUUGCAGCGAGUUUAUUAGACAGAAGAAACCCCAAUAUUAAUCGUCUCGAUAAAGAUAAUAAUAACGCGAGAGUUUGCAAGUUGCCUCAAGACUGUAGUUGCAACUGUCAAAGGUGGAGUGGAUACGCGCAUGACCCAACACACAUUACUGUAAUACUGUACACGGCCGCCGAGAUAAUAUCCGUAUAAAAAACCGAAAUAAUCCCGAGGUAAGGAACCGAGGAGUGUACGAAAACCGACUGAGAUUUGGUGUUUCUGCUGAUUUUCCUUCGCUUCGUUUUCUUUUACUCUAACCAACUGUCUCGCAGCCGUCGAAAUUACUGCACUAAACAUAUUUUUGUGCCUCCCUUUAGCUCCAGCCAGCGCAAGGAUUUUUUUUUACUCCUCCUUCGUAAUAAAGUCGCCAUUUUGCUUCACUGCCUAUAUAAACCAUCCCGUAUUCUAAUAUUUUUCCUCAAGGAGUCGGGGACCUACCCAUCUUUCCGGGCUAUUUCUAAUAUUUCUGGAGUGUUUAACGAGAAGACAGAGGUUGAAGAAGUGCCUUGUGGUAUACAUAUUAAUGCAGGAAAGGAGGGGGGCAAGGCAAUUGGAAACUGGGAAUAAGGUGAAAGUAUCCUGGAUUUCUUUUCAUGUACAGACGAAAUUGUAAUUUCUCAUCUCCUGCCCUGCUCUUUUUUUUUUCUUCUUCCACCUCGUCGUCGUCGUCGUCUGCAGAGUGGGGGGACAGGACGACGGUGACGACCGUCCGCUUCCUCUCUGGCCCCCCAACCCCGGUCUGACCGGUCCUUGACGCACAGCGGGUGUGAUUGCCAUGUAACAUAACAUUGGUGGAAAAACGCCCACUUAGGUGCCUGUCUCCUGACCCCCCCCACCCCAUCACCCCCCACCUCCACCUCCACCCCCCUCCUCCUCCUUCACGUGGGUGACCCGGGGCCACCCGGCCCCUGGUGCUGGGUGACUGCCCGACAGUCCAGGCAUGGAGAGCCCAAGUGGCCCCAGGCUUGGGAAGCUGUCCUCAUCAGGGCUGCCGAGGGGCCGGACCCCCAAGCAUGGACAUCCUCAGGAGCCUGUCAGAACCACACCAGGCCCUGAAAACAACAACAAACACAGUCCGGUGUGUGAUGAGCCAGCAGAGGGGAAGAGGAAAGGUCGUCCUAAAGCAGAAGUGCAGGAACUGAGAAGCAUCCCUGCCCAUAUGAUAGUACAAUGGAAGGAAGAGUUUAAGCGCCGCUCCAGGGUUAAGUGUCCGUGUUCAGGCUGCUGGUUAGAGUUUCCCAGCAUCUAUGGCGUCAAGUACCACUAUCAACGCUGCCAGGGGGCCACCGUAGCUGAGAAGCUGAGUCAUGGCUGUCCCUACUGUGAGGCAGUGUUUGCCACAAAGGUGCGCCUGCAGAAGCACAAGCUGUGGAACCACCCAGACAGGGUUACUGUGGAGCCCAAGGAUGAGCAGCCUAAACUUCAAAAGACUCCUGUCAAGUCCAACACCAAGAAAAGGCCCAUGGAGAACAGUCCCCCCUCUCCGGUGUUCUUCAAAGUGAAAAAGACCCACGAGGUGUCCACGCCCUCUCAGAACGGGGAGCUGGCCCACCAGAAGAGCGAGAGGAAACAGCACAGCCACAGUCAGCCUUCACAGCAGAUUCACCAGUCCCAGCCAGCCCUUCCCCAGUCCCAGCAGUCGCAGUCCCAAAGCACGUCGUCUGACGCGGGAGGUAGUGAAAGCGAAGGGGGGAGUCUUCCCCCUUCCUUUCCCGACGAAGACCCGGAGCGAAUGAAGCACAGACGGAAGCAGAAAACUCCCAAGAAAUUCACUGGAGAGCAACCUUCUAUAUCUGGGACGUUUGGAUUGAAAGGUAUGACUAAGGUGGAGGAAAAGCUGAAAGCAGGCCGUGCAAAAAGACAAGAGGGAAGUGGGUUCAGUGAGGAGCCUCAAAGGAGAUCUACUCCCAGUCAGUCCUCCAAGAAAGACCCAGCCACAACAAGCUCUGGUGCUGUUCCUGACACCCAGUGGCAGCGAGCAAUCUCAGAGCGAGGCGAAGUGGUGUGUCCCACCUGCUCCAUCGUCACCAGAAAAACAAUCCACGGCCUCAAGAAACACAUGGAGAUUUGCCAGAAGCUCCAGGAUGCCCUGAAGUGCCAGCAGUGCCACAAACAGUUCAGGUCCAAGGCCGGCCUCAACUACCACACCAUGGCUGAACACAGCACCAAGCCCUCGGGGAGCGAAGGCCAGACGGGCGACGAGCAUGAGGAGAGAGAAAGGCUGCGCCGAGUUCUCAAACAGAUGGGACGAAUCAAGUGUCCUAGUGAGCACUGUGGAAAAACCUACCGCUCUAAGGCUGGCAGAGACUACCACGUGCGUACCGAACACUCCCCAACCAUCACCACCACCAUGACAGCCACCACUAACAGCAACAGCAAGGACAAUAUCACUGACACCAACAACAACACCGGCAAAGAGAGGGUGGUCUCUGAAGAGUUUCCAUCGGGAGGCAAGAGGGAGCAAAGCCAGCCUGAGAAGACGGACUGGCAGGAGAAAGCGCCAUCCGGCCAGCCUAAGGAGAAGGAAAGGGAACCAAGGGAGAAAGACAGGGACAAAGAAAAGGAGAGGGAGCGAGACAAAGAAAAAGCUACGCUGAAUGAGAGCCAGGGGGAGGACUUUGAACGGACCCCCAGCGGCAGAGUGAGACGCCGGUCAGCUCAAGUGGCAGUGUUCCACCUGCAGGAGAUAGCAGAGGACGAGCUGGCCAAAGACUGGGGCACCAAGCGCCGCAUCAAGGACGACCUGGUGCCUGACAGCAAGAGGUUAAACUACACUCGCCCUGGCCUCCCCAAUUUCAGCCCAGAGUUACUUGAAACCUGGAAGAACCAAGUCAAGGAGAAGGGCUUCAUCUGCUGCACCAAUGAAAACUGUGAAGCUGUCUAUUCCAGUGUGUCAGGACUAAAAGCCCACCUCGCCAACUGCAGCCAGGGCGGUGGAGAACUGGGGAAGUACACCUGUCUGAUCUGUCAGAAGGAGUUUAGCUCAGAAAGUGGUGUCAAGUACCACAUCAGCAAAACACACUCACAGAACUGGUUUCGUGCAGCAGCCAGCCAAGUGGUCUCCAGUAGCAAGAGUAAAGCACCGGAGAACAAUGGGAUCAAAGCUGAGGUGAGAAACGGUGCCACCACUGGUAAGAAGAGGGGCCGCAAGCCCAAAGAACGGCCCCCUGUGGUCGCACCCCUUCAAACAAAAACUGAAGCACCUGCCACUACUCAAAAUUCAAGCCCUGCCGUGACUUCUUCUUUGGGCCCAACACAAUCUCCGACCCUGAUCCCCAACCCAACGGACAGUGCUAAUUCAGGCCAAAACAGACAGCCCAUCCCCUCCGCUGCCAGACGAAGCAAACCCAAGAGACUGUCGUUGUCAGAGUAGCUCUGCUUUUGUCGACCCAGGAGCCAGAGAGGAUGCUUACUGUAAAUGUUAAGCCAGGAAGCUAAAAGACCUUUGUAUCUCCACAAGGACUUGGCACUAAGAAGAAAGUUAAAUCAGCCAUUAAGAAGUAAAACACAAUCUUGAUUUUGAGACCCCAGAGUUAAUGUGUCUAUUGUUAUAAACAAUACUCAAGUAACAGUAAUGUUUUAUUUCUCCAUUCCACUUUUGUCUCCUUUUUAAGGCACACAUUUCAUUUUCUGUACUCACAGCAGGGGUGUCAGUAGUAAUCAAAGAUAAAAUCCUGACUUCUACACGGAUAGCAUUUUCUAAACAGAGGUAGUAUUCCUAACAAACAGAGAGUAAUUCUCUCUAUGAGAUUCAUGUUGUGUUUGAGAGAUUUUAAAAAGGUUAUUCUAUUAGCAUGGUGAAGUCAUUUAAUGAUAGCUAGUGUUUUCACAUUUUUUUCACAGAUAUACUGUACUGUGUACAUAAACAAUAUCUAUAUCUAUAUAACUAUAUACUCAAAGCAAUGAUGCCAUCUGUCAUUUUCAAGCCUGACACGUCCAAUUGGAUCAUGAGCAAUCAGAAUUUUUGCAGUGUGUGCUGUAGUGCAAUGUUGUUUUGAACUUGAUUUUUAUUUUAUUUCUUUCUGGUUUUACCCUUAUCUGGGUUUUUUUGGUUUGUUUUUCUUUUUACAUUUUUUAUUUUAUUUUAUUUUUUACUUUUCAUGUUUCAAGUAAGCAAAUGUCAUAUAAGCUAAGAUGUUGGUCAGUUGUUAAUCGUGUUCCACUCUGUUUUUCCUACAGCCAUGUGGGUGUCACAUCAGUGACAUUUAUUUUUAUUUUAUUUGCAUCACAUGACGAUGAAAGGUAUCUGCUUUGACAACCAUAAUUAUGUGUCAAAAGGUUAUUUCCACAGUUCUUUUACACUGAAGUUAAUGAGCAGAGUAUCACCGCAAGUGAUUGUUUGAGAUUUCCAUCUGUAAGGUAUGAGUUAGUUACAAUAAUACUUAAUAUGGGAUUGUUUAAUUGAUUUUAAACUAAAAACUUGAAGUAUUCUGUCUAAAAUAGGACUGGCAAAGCUAAAUGUUGGACAGAAGGAUGAAUUUUGUGUGAAGCUUGUUGCACCAUUGCAGCACAAUCAAAUGAUGUGACACCAUGUUAAAAGAAGGCCAUAUUUUUGGCUACUGCUUUAGCUUGAAUUGAAGAACUAAGGAGAGAAUAAAAAUACUAUCUUUUAUAGAGAGGUUGAGGAGAAAAAAAAAGAUCUUUUAUAAAACAGAAAAAUUGCAAAUGAAGAUUCACAUAUAAUAAUGUAUAUGAAUUAAUUCCUGGACGCUCAAAGUUAUUGCCUUGCACUUUAACCCUUCUCGCUCCCCUCUUGUAUUUUUGCACUCCAGGAGUAUUCAACUUAGCCUAGUGGCUGUCAGGCACAGGAGCGAGAAUAUUUUACUCUGACAGAAAAUUAAACUAGAGAAAAACUAAAUUUGUCUUUACAUGGGUGAUGAGCGGCAUGGUUAACUCUUUCUAUAUAGUAUCUGUAAUCCAACAUGACCUUAUAAUUAUGACACACCAGGCAAAGCCAUAACUGGUCUUGUUGAAUUAAGGCUGCUCUACCACUUAAUGCUAGUUUAGCUUCAGAUUUUAAAAAAGUAAUCAAAUAUUAUUAAAUUACUUUUCAAAUCUAAAUGUGUGCAAUCAGAGAAUAUUUUCACUUAAACAUGUUUAAAGUAGAUACUUGAAUCCACAGUUAUAUUAACAAUUUGAGCAAAUGAAAACUCCAUAAAUAUUUGAUUUAUAUUUGAAGUCUAUGUCCAUAAAAGUAACGACUCACUUACUUAAAAAAAAGACAGAUCAUAAAUCUAUUUUAUAGUCUCUUGUGUGUAUAAUGUAGGUAGCAAUCUGAUAGCUUUGGAUAAAGUUGUGAUGUGAGGAUAUUCUGGUGAGAUAAUAAGGGUGCUUUACUUGCCACUCUACCUUAAGGACCUGAUACAACUCAGUUAAGUCCAUCAAUCCAUCCUGCCAUUUCCUCCUUACUGGCAAGUCCUUAAAAAUUUUUUGCACCAACAAAUGUCAAUGUCGUCAUUCAAAUCAAGCACUGAUGUCAGCUGAACAUUUUCAAAGAAACAUCAAAUUUGAAAUUUAUCUGUGUGUCCCAGGUGGUGUCAUCCCUGCACCGUGACCUUUUAUAUUGUUAAGCAAAGAUUUGAGCUGAAUUCCUCCAUUAUUAAUCAACUGAUGGAGUUUAUUCAGGUGCAGAGGGGGAUGAAUAUGCAUGUGUCUGUCUCUUGUUAGCGGGAUGGACCCUUAUCUUCUAUCCAGGUUCAACUGACAGAGAGGAUAAGUAAGACAAGCACUGACUGGUCCUCGGACCUUUUCAAAUAUGAGUUGUCCAGACCUUGUGUGUGUAUGCGUGUGUGUGUGUGUGUGUGUGUGUGUGUGUGCAUGCAUGUGCGUGUGUGUGUGUGUGAGUGUAUUAAACAGUUAGCACCUUUGUAAUGACUGGAUGUCAGAAAUGGUAACACUUUUCAUUGAGUGUUAUGCUGUGGCACAGAAUCAGUUCAUCAGCUGCUUGUUACUCGUUUCAUUAAUAACGUCACAUUGACUGUGUUUACCUGACAAGCUUUGGUGUUGCAAUAUGAUAGUUUAGCACUGCUUUUAACAGUGGGUAUUUUAUAUUUUAUCACACCCUUUACUAUCUGUCUUCCUAUGAUGUGGACAACACAUAUCUAUCCCGCAGUGUGAGCUAACUGCAACAUGUUUAGAGAGUACAGCAAUACACCAUAUUUAGCUGGUUUUGUUGGCUUGCUGAUAUUUUGAUAUUGAUGUGUCUUUUCAAAAAUGUAUGGCUUUUUUCACUCCCCUACUUUUAUUUGUUUGCUUUGAAAAUGCUUUUUACAUAUUAUGAAAUCUAAAAAGAAAAAAAAAGGUUGAAAAAAUUUGUAGACCACAAAGAACAUUGUAGGCCUAUGUGUCGGCAUACACUGUUAUUUUAUUCAUUUUGAUGAUGCACAUAAAUUGAGCUUUUUUCAGUACACAAUGACAAACACAUUGAGAGAGUCCUUUAUUAUUAUCUAUUCAAUAUGGGACAACAAGGCAUAUGUAUGUGUGUUUGUUUCUGUAUUUAGUGCACUUACUAUACCAUGAAAUAGGCUUGAAAUAGGAGUGUUGUUGGAGCUUUCUAGUUACCUGGACUGUGUGUGGUGUGACUUUUGUACCUGGGGAAACAGCAGGCUCAAACGUCUUCCCUUUGUCAGCAAUGUUAUUUCCAAAACCAAGGUUAAUCCUUAGAAAUCCCCUUAGACAGCCUGACAAUUUUACCCUUUUUAUUUGGACAACAGUGGUUCAUUUUGUAUGCUACGUACUUCAAAAGCAGGAAAUGGUUUCCGCCUCUGUUCCCGGUGGCCAUUGUGAUGAAACUGUCAAGAGUUUUAAGAGAUGAUGUUGUAGCUCAUAACUGGUUAUGAUAUAUAAAUAACAGGUGAAAUGAGACUAAUGAUGUAUUAAAGAUUUCCAUAUCUGAAAUUAAGCUGUAUAGUACCUAACGUAGGAGGCACCGACACCUCCUUUGAGUCUGAACUGUUACAAUUUUUCUCCCAAACUUGUUGUAUUACCUGUGCAUUAGUAUCCCUCAACUAAUUAAUAAAAGUUUGUUGACUAAA